CGACCGUUAAUCUGCGUCCGAGGCAUUGGAUUUCCGCGGGGCGCCACAAUUUUCUGGGACGACAAAAGGGCUUUCAACAAACCCCAUUUCUUCCUAAUAGAACACAGUACAGUACUACAGUAGUAGUCGGACAUGAGCAAUACCAACGGAAUGAACGAUGAUAAGGAAACUGCGUCCAGUAUUGGCAAUUCAGCCUUGAGGCAAUUUCUGCACUUGCUGUCCACCACAACGAAUAUCACCCAAUGGGGUAUCGAGCUUCCCAUGAUUGCCGUCUUUGGCGACACUUCCUCUGGCAAGAGUUCUUUAUUGAGCAACUUGGCCAUGAUCGAGCUUCCCUCCAAUCACAGCUUGACCACUCGUUGUCCCAUUCUCUUGGAACUUCGUCGUGCCGAAAAGCGUCAGGCGCGUGUCGGUAUCCAGUGGAAGACGUCCAGUCUACCAGAGCCAGCAACCGAAGAUGCAUCGCCUGCUGUAUUUGAACCCCGCAUGGCUACCGAAGACACUUGGGAUUCCAUUCCUCAGUUUGUCCGAGAAGCACAGGACCACAUUCUGCAGCAACAGGCCAACCAAGAUGUACAGGUAGCUUCAGAUGUAAUUUCCUUGUCUGUGGAGGGACCCAACUUUGGUCUUGCUUCGGAUCAUCCAUUAACCUUGAUGGACCUACCAGGAUGGGUACAAUCCAGAGGACAAGAUGAUGCCGAAGAUCUGGUGCAAGAUAUUCAAGAACUAUUGCAAACCUACAUUCAAAACCCCCGCUGCAUCAUUUUGGCUGUCCUUCCCGCAAAUGUUGAUUUUCACAAUUCAAAAAUCUUGUCGUUGGCGCAACAAGUGGACCCCAACGCCUCUCGGACGAUUCCCGUCAUUACCAAGCCAGAUCUAGUGGAUCAAGGAGGAGAAGGCGAUGUUCUUGAACUGUUGAUGGGAAAUAAGAUCAAAUUGAACGACAGUAAUCAGUUUCACAUGGUCAAGGGGCGGGGGCAAGCUGCAUUGGAUCGGAAUACAUCCAUUCACGUGGCUUUGGAAGAGGAAACUCAUUAUUUUGAUACCGUAGAACCAUGGAAAUAUGUUGCCGAUCGAACACUGUUUGGAACGGGUGAAUUGAGGAGGAAAUUGGGCGACAUUCUACUUCUUCACAUUCAAUCUUCAGUGCCGACCAUUUUGCAAGAAAUCAAAGACAAGCAACAAACUGCGGAGGCAAAACGGAUGGCCAUGGGUGGGGAUCAAAUUUUGACCACUGUUGCUGAUCGGCGCCGCUUCUAUCAAGACACCUGUGCUCGUUUUGCCAAUCAAUUGAAAUCGUCAUUGAGUGGCAAAAAGGCCGGGGCGGAAACAAAGACGACAAGGAGAUCGAAGCAUAGGAGCAGCAACGGUAAAAGUGCCACUGCUUCCAAAACGACAACCAACAACUCCUCCCAAACAUCCACAGCGGCAGCCCAACUCCACGAGGCUUGCUCCGGAUUUACGAAAAGCAUCCGUCAAGGAUCGCUCAACACGAUUCGAUCGAUUGUGGAAGGAGCCCAUGUUCGAGUGACUUCACCCCAUGGCGAAGUUCGAGGAGAAGUUGUGCACCUCGACAAAGACUUUGCCUGUAUUGAUUGCCUUGAUUGUGACGAGGAUGCAGAUCAGGACGAUAAGCGGAGAGCGAUUCUGUUUGAAUACAGAGGAUACACGGCUCAACAGCAAAUCGAAGAAGAUGAAGUCUGGUCCGAUGGCAACCAGAUUUUCAUUGCACGCAAGAACAACAUAUUCGAUUCCCUUCGGAGGAUUCCCUUGGACCACAUCCGAACGGACCCAUCGUGGCUAAAGGAGAAGAUUGUGGAGAAUAGGACGGACGAUCUGGCUUGUUUUCUAAAUGUUGACAUUUUCAAAAACAUUAUUGAAGACUUUGUCGAGCAUGACUGGCGACCUCAUUGCAAAAAGCUACUGGACGCCACCAGCGACAUCCUCAUGGCAGCGGUGAAUGACUGCAUCGAAUCCAACCUCCCCAAAAGCACAAUCCGCUAUCCUCCCUUGCGACGGUACCUGGAGAGACAGUGUCGUGUGGCUGCGGAAGAGCUGAUGCAGGAAGCUCGAAAGCAAGUCGACACACAUUUAUCGAUUGAAACGCACCCGUACACUCAGGAUUCAGCUCUUUUCCAAAACCUUGGGGAAGCUAGACAUCGAACUUUGAAACGAGAACUGGAAUCGGCCUUGAAAUUGGAUCAGGGUAAGCAAGCAGUGUACGAUACACAAGCCAUACAGACAAUCAUCGAUGGCGUAUUUGAGCGGAACCGCCGGAAAAGCGUAGAAGAUCACAUGGCCGACGAAAUGGAGAUAGUGUUGGAAGCUUACGGCUGUGUUGCCACGAAGCGUGUGGUUGACAGGACCCCCAUGAUUUGCUGGCAGGUAUUUAGGUCUCUGUCGUCCUCGAUCCAAGAUUCGUUGUGGAGCGUGACGGACGAGACUCUGAGUGAGUGUAUGCGAGAGUCGCCAGAGUUUGAGAAGGAGUACGGACAACUCAACGCAGAGCUCGAAGAGAUGAACAAGGCAUUGGAUAUUUUUGAGUCAAUCCUUUGAGAGACACGCUGCCUCGUAUUGACCUGAUAAGUGUAGGUACUAGUAUAUUUCUGUUGCCCU